CAAGAUGGGCUGCACGCUGAGCGCGGAGGACAAGGCGGCGGUGGAGCGGAGUAAGAUGAUCGACAGGAACCUGCGGGAGGAUGGCGAGAAGGCGGCCAGGGAGGUCAAGCUGCUUCUCCUAGGAGCUGGAGAAUCAGGGAAAAGCACAAUUGUAAAGCAAAUGAAGAUUAUCCAUGAAGCUGGUUAUUCAGAAGAAGAAUGUAAACAAUACAAAGCUGUUGUCUACAGUAAUACCAUUCAGUCCAUUAUUGCUAUCAUUAGAGCAAUGGGGAGAUUGAAGAUAGACUUUUGUGAUCCAACCAGGGCUGAUGAUGCCCGACAACUCUUUGUACUAGCUGGAGCAGCAGAGGAAGGAUUUAUGACCACGGAACUUGCAGGAGUUAUCAAGAGAUUGUGGAAAGAUAGUGGAGUUCAAGCCUGUUUUAAUAGAUCCAGAGAAUACCAGCUUAAUGACUCUGCAGCAUAUUACUUGAAUGAUUUGGACAGGAUAGCACAAACCAGUUACAUCCCGACUCAACAGGAUGUUCUCAGGACUAGAGUGAAAACUACAGGAAUAGUGGAAACUCAUUUUACUUUCAAAGAUCUUCAUUUUAAAAUGUUUGAUGUGGGAGGCCAGAGAUCAGAGCGGAAGAAGUGGAUUCAUUGCUUUGAGGGAGUUACAGCAAUAAUCUUUUGUGUAGCGCUCAGUGAUUAUGACUUGGUCCUAGCAGAAGAUGAGGAAAUGAAUCGGAUGCAUGAAAGCAUGAAAUUGUUUGACAGCAUCUGCAACAAUAAAUGGUUUACAGACACUUCUAUUAUUCUUUUCCUAAACAAGAAGGAUCUCUUUGAAGAAAAAAUCAAAAGGAGUCCCCUCACUAUUUGCUACCCUGAAUAUGCAGGAUCCAACACUUAUGAAGAGGCAGCUGCAUACAUCCAGUGUCAAUUUGAAGAUCUGAACAAGAGAAAGGACACAAAGGAAAUCUAUACUCACUUCACAUGUGCCACAGAUACCAAGAACGUGCAGUUUGUUUUUGAUGCUGUAACUGACGUCAUCAUAAAAAAUAAUCUAAAAGACUGUGGCCUCUUCUAAGGCUUUGCAUUCAAUGAUUUGAAGAAUGACUUCACAAACUCCUAACCUGAUGGGGUUUCAAGAAGAAAGAAGUACAAAACAAUUUGUGCUGAAUAACAGACCAGUACUGUACUUGCCUGUUUUAACAGCUUUAUUUAUGUUUGUCUUGUAAAUUUAAGUAAUUAAAUAUUAGGUA